AUGAGCAUGGAAAAUUUGGAUGUUAUAACUGGUGGUGAAGUACUAACGAAUCAGUUGUCGAACAGAGGUGAUGGCAAAGGUGAUGCUACAGCUUCAUCUAUUCUAGAAUCUGCUAUCGAAAACCCCAGAAAAUGGGUUAAUAUUAUGAAUGAGGAUUUGGUAUCAAAAGUGAAUACGAAUGAUUCUUCUGUUUUUAUUCAAAACCAAACAAACGAUCCAAUAAAUACUGCAAUUCAACAACAAAAUUCGCUGGAACAUGAAAUUAUCCAAAAAGAAAGUAAUUUUUCUGGGACAGUGAAUGAAGAAAAUAAAAUACCAGACACAAUUUGUGAGGAAGACGUCACGGCGAUAUCAUGUGAAAUGUGCCAGAAUUAUGAAUUAAAUUUGACGAAAAUGCAGGACGUUGAACGAAACUUGAAGGAACAGUUGUCCGCUGCGCAACAUCUGGUUAAUCGUUACCAGAAUGAACUGUCUGGAGAGCGCUUAUACAGGAGAGAAAUGGAAGCGAAAACAACCACAUUAUGUGCAGACAAUGAAAAAGAAGUGAAUAUCGCGAAAAGUGAAAACGAAGAGUGUGCUAAACAGUUGCUUGCUGUUGAUGAAAGGUGUAUAAAGUUGAUACAAGAACAGCGAAACAAUAUUGGUCGCUUGAAGGAACUUUUAAACAUGAUGAAUAAAGAUAUGCAUAAUUUGAGCAAUCGAUAUUUGAAAUUGCUUGGCGCCAAUCGUAAAUGCUCCACAGAAAUGCGAGAUCAAACGAUUGAACUGCCUCAGGAUGUUGAUCAGUUACAAUUUUUGUGCCUCCAACUAAGAGAAGAACUAAUUGAGACCCGUGCAGCCAAAGAACAUGCUGAAGUGGUGCUAAGAGAUGAGAUAGCGACACUAGAAGCGCAAAGGAAAGAAGAUGAAAUGGAAAAGAGAAGGAUUGAAGAUGCUUAUACUGAACGAGUAAAUGGAGUUAGUCAAGAACUUGGCUUUGCGCGGAGUCAGUUAGAUUCGAUGAAAGAUGCAUCUUCAAAGGUAGAAGAAAUGAACAAAAGGAUGGCUGAAUACAGGAAAGCAAUCGAAGAUUUAGAAAAGCAGCUGCAAUCAGUGCAGAAGGAACGUGCCGACCUAGAAAUGACUGUCGCUUUAUAUAAGCAAAAAUGCGCUGCUUUGCAACAAGAAUUGGAUACAUCGGAAACCGUGCAAAAGGAUUUUGUCAAACUUUCACAAAAUUUGCAAAUUGAACUUGAAAAAAUUCGGCAAGCUGAGCAGGAAGUACGGUGGCAGUUCGAUGAAGAUGUGCAUGCAUGCAAUCAGUGUCAUUCAAAUUUUUCUAAAAGCCGUAGUAAGCUCCACUGCCAUCAUUGUGGCAAGAUUUUCUGUUCAGUCUGCUUAUCAGCAACAAUACCUAGUGGGCCACAUCGAAGGCCAGCAAAAGUUUGUCAAGUGUGUCAUACCCUUCUAAGCAGGGAUUCCGCACCAUUUUUUUCGCAGAAUUUGGCACCUACCUAA